AGCACCGUGUACAUCAGCGCCCCGCCGCCGCAGCGCAACUCUUGAGGCCCGUCGGCGUUGAUGUUAUGAGACGUAUUUUGUAAGGUAUUUCGGCUCAACAUUUGUUGACCAAACGGGCACUGGUUACACAAGCUGUGCACAAGAGACGAGGUGCCGGCCUCCUAACGUCACUUGGUUUGAGAGUUAAGAAAACACAAAUUAAAAUCUGCUGUUUGCUGGUAAACUUGCACUAGCCGAGGGACUCGCACAAUGUUUCCAGCGAGCAGAUACUCAAUUCAAGCCCACAGGUGUAUCAGGGCAUUGAAAACAGUCCCGGCAGACCAUGCUGCCCCUCAGCUGUACACGGUUGUACACAGACGGACUUGCUCUUCGGUCACAACACCCCGAAUCACAACACACUACACCAUCCACCCUCGGGAUAAAGACCCACGAUGGGAAGGGGUUGAGAUGGAGAGGUUUGCUGAUGAGGCGGAUGUGGUCAUAGUUGGUGGUGGUCCUGCCGGUCUUUCAGCAGCCAUCCGUCUGAAGCAGCUGGCUAAUGAACAGGAGAAGGAGCUGCGAGUGUGUCUGGUGGAGAAAGCCUCUCAGAUCGGAGCUCACACACUCUCAGGAGCCUGCCUAGAGCCCAGUGCCCUCAUUGAGCUAUUUCCUGAUUGGAAGGAAAGAGGGGCACCUCUGCACACUCCUGUAACCGAAGACGUGUUCAGCAUUUUAACAGAAAAAUACAGAAUUCCUGUCCCAAUGUUGCCAGGUUUGCCCAUGAAUAACCACGGAAACUACAUAGUGAGGCUGGGGAACUUUGUGCGUUGGCUGGGUGAGCAGGCUGAGGAGCUGGGAGUAGAGCUGUACCCUGGCUAUGCUGCAGCUGAGGUUUUGUUUCAUGAAGAUGGAAGCGUAAAAGGAAUCGCAACUAAUGACGUAGGCAUCGCCAAGGAUGGUUCGCCGAAGGAUGUCUUUGAGAGGGGAAUGGAGCUCCAUGCUAAAGUGACAAUGUUUGGAGAGGGCUGUCACGGCCACUUGGCAAAGCAGCUUUACAAGCAAUUCAACCUCAGGGAGAACUGUGAACCCCAGACCUACGCCAUCGGCCUAAAAGAGGUGUGGACGAUUGAUGAGAAGAAGUGGAGGCCGGGCAGAGUGGAGCACUCAGUGGGCUGGCCGCUCAACAGGAACACAUAUGGUGGCUCCUUCCUUUAUCACCUGAAUGAAGGAGAGCCACUGGUGGCCCUGGGCUUUGUGGUUGGCUUGGACUACACUAACCCCUACCUAAGCCCCUUCAGAGAGUUCCAGCGGUGGAAACACCAUCCCUUUGUAGCUCCCACACUCGAGGGUGGCAACAGGAUUGCAUAUGGAGCCAGGGCCCUGAAUGAGGGAGGAAUCCAGUCUAUCCCAAAGCUGACUUUCCCCGGAGGGAUGCUGAUUGGUUGUAGUCCAGGUUUCAUGAACGUCCCAAAGAUCAAAGGCACCCACACGGCCAUGAAGAGCGGCAUGCUGGCUGCUGAGUCCGCCUUCGCUAAAAUCACAGAUGAGAACCUGAACUCAGAGACCACAGGACUUCAUGUACCUGAAUAUGCUGAGAACCUGAAGAAAUCGUGGAUCUGGAAAGAGCUGCAUGCAGUGAGGAACAUCAGGCCAUCCUUCCACAACUACUUUGGUCUGUAUGGUGGCAUGGUCUACACGGGAAUCUUCUACUGGGUCCUCAGAGGGAAAGAGCCUUGGACGCUCAAACACUGCGGCCUCGAUUCAGCCCAGCUGAAACCGGCUAAGGACUGUACACCGAUCGAGUACCCCAAACCUGAUGGCAAGAUAAGCUUUGACCUGCUCUCCUCUGUGGCCCUGAGUGGCACCAACCAUGAGGGAGACCAGCCCGCCCACUUGACCCUGAAAGACGACAGUGUCCCAGUGGCCAGGAACUUGGCCAUAUACGACGGUCCUGAACAGCGCUUCUGCCCUGCAGGUGUGUACGAGUACGUUCCCUUGGAGACAGGGGAGGGGAUGCGACUGCAGAUCAAUGCACAGAACUGUGUCCACUGUAAGACCUGCGAUAUCAAGGAUCCGAGCCAAAACAUCAACUGGGUCGUGCCAGAGGGCAGCGGGGGACCGGCCUACAACGGAAUGUAAACAUCCAGUGGGAGUGGGGUUGGGAUUGGAGGAGCUCUGUUUUUUAAUUUGUAGGGGUGGGUGGGUUCAUAUCAUGAGGCCCCAGUGUUAGCUGUAAGUUGACUGUAAAAUAUUAUCCAUUUAAGGGUUAGCUGACAGCUAAUGGUAAAUGUGCCUAAGUAUGAAACUGAAAAUCACCAUGUAGUGGUUGUUGGGCAAAAUGUACAAAAAAAAAAAAAAAAAAAAAAAACAGAACAUAAGCUGUUCAGGAAUAAUAAUAAAAAAAAGUCUGCAAUUUCUCAC